AUGGUUGACAAAGAAGUCAAGGCAAAUGUAAAUCCACUUGAGCAAUUUAUUUUGUUGGCAAAAGGAACAAGAGGGGCAGCUAUUAUUUCUCUGGUCAAUCAAGUUUUAGAAACUCGUGAUAUUUAUGUCUUUGGUGAAUUGCUUCAACUACCAAACAUUCAAGAGGUAAUUGUACUAAUUAAGUAUGCAGUUUUUUUAGAAAGCUAAGUCAUGCAACUUUUGGUCAAAACAAUUAUCUAGACAUAAUGAUCAGUGCGCAUUCAUGUCUCACAUGGGCAGGGUCGACACUCCCUGAAGUGAUAAACAUAUUGUGUUUAUCACCCGCUACCCAAAUGUAAGGCUUCAGAACUUAAUCGACUGACUCUGAGCAAAAUGACUGUUUUUUUAUAGUUGGAGAAAAAUGAUGGAGCUCCUUACUGGAGAUUGUUAAACAUUUUUGCUUAUGGUAGAUAUAGUGAUUAUAAAGGUAGGCCAAGUAUUAUUUACAUCAAUUAAGACAUCAAUUAAUUUGUUUUUAUUAAAAUAGACGAGCAAAAAAGUGAUUGAUAUUAUUGUAGAAUGUUACUUUAUUCUUUCAGCAAACAGAAAUUCUCUCCCAGAGCUUUCAUCAGCUCAAACUGUAAAACUUCGACAUUUGACCAUUGUUAGUCUUGCAUCAGAAUCAAAGGUAAUGAUGUUAUUUUGGUAUGAUGGGCUGCUAUGCUAUAGUAUGAUGGUAUGGUAUGCUACACAUGCACCAGAACAUAUGGUAUUUUAUUUCACUGCUAUGGCAAAGUCUAGUAUGGUAUGUUUUAUGAUUUCAGAGAGUGCUACAGUUAGUAUUCAUGUUAUGUUUCUAUUAUAGUACAUACCAUAUAGUGUCCUACUUCAAGAAUUAGAAAUAUCAAAUGUUAGGGAAUUGGAGGUAAGGAGAUGUAGGUCAUUCUGUAAUGAAAAUAUAAUGAAAUUGGGGCUGAUCAUGUGUUUGUCAGGAUGCAUACAUGCAUUUUCGUAUAUGUAUUCUCAAAUAAAAGUAUUGCACCACAAAUGCCAAGUUGUAAUUAAAUCAACAAUAAUUUUCAGGACUUAAUAAUUGAAGCCAUUUAUGCAGACGUAAUACAUGGGAAACUGGACCAGCAAAAUAGCCAGGUAUGACUCCAUUCAUUUGUUAUUUUUUACAACAGAGUAUUUCUAUAAUAAACUUUCAUAAAUAUUUUAUAAUUGUUUUUUCUUAGCUCGAAGUUGAGUAUGCAAUUGGUAGAGAUAUCAAAGCUGAGAAUGUCAACUCAAUAGUUAGUGUUUUAGGAGAAUGGUAAGUGAAGUGUUCAAGAAGGACCAGUAAAAACACAAACUCUAAGAUAUAAACUUGAAACGUCUGUGCCAGCAUAGGUGCUGUAAUGAUAAUAACACCAGAAAGCUGCGGAGUGGGAGGGUUCAACCACCUGAAAGUAAAACUUCCACGUUUUGAGCGACGACCCUUCAUUGAGAAGUUGGCAAAGAAAGGCCUUGAAAAAGAAACGAAAAAACGUUGAAGUUUUACUUGUAUUUUUCAGCUAGUUGAAUCCCUUUAAAUUCGCAACAAACUCUAUGAGACUAUAUCCCAAACAAACUUCUUGUUUGCUUCUUACCAGGGGGGUGCAAUACCACUCCACUGUGGGAUCAACCUGUGACUGUUGCGCAACAAAAUGGUGAUAAUAUGAUGGCAACAUAAAUUCACCCCCGCCCCAAUUUCGCGACGUUUCCUAAUUGGAACGUUAAUUUUAAUGAUAUUUUUUUACAGGUGUAGCAGUUGCGAAACCGUUCUUCAUGGAAUAGAAAAACAAAUUCAAAGAUCAAAUAAUUAUCGAGAUAUAAAGGCGACACAAAAGACUAAGUUUGAUAGUGAAGUAUGUUCAGUUCUGGAGAAAUACAGAGAUAGCUGAUAUAUUAAUGCUGUUGCGUUUUCAACUCAGCAUACGUUCUGACAAUGACGCACGUGUGUGAUGCACGCAACGAAUAUUAUGCGUUAUUGUGCGUUUUCAAAGGUUUCCACUCGGGAGGCCUUUUCAAAACUUCCGUUUUUAGUGGUUAUUCACCAAAUACAUUUGGACAGAAAGAAAAGUCAAAAUAAAUUAUUUGCGUAUUCGAACUAGUCCGUAUAACGUGAAGCAUACACGUCAAGAUUAGGGGCAUUUACUAUCUUUUUACUAACUAUUGAUUUCUUUUGUAUUUCCCAUUUGAAAUAUCUUCCCCUUAAUCAGGACUGGCGGCUUGACAUGAGAACGAGACUUACUGACGGCAAGUCCUUGCUUUUCAGUUAGAGAAUUUGAAAGCUGCAAUUAAAGCUACAGGAUCACAAGAUCUGGAGGAAAACACGAGAUACGAUAGUGCUCAAGGCAACCCUUUUCUUAACUAUUCACAAAAGACUCAGAGAAAUCAGACGUCAACAAGAGGGUAUGUGAUGGGCUAAUAUCCUCAUGUGUCGCUCUCCAAUAAAUAUUUCUCUCUGUUCUUCACCCCAAACACAAUCCAGUCAUGAAUGCUUUGAAAACAUGGUCCAUGCAAUAAUGUUGCAACUAAAUGUCGUUAUUUCUUUUCUAGUAUAAAAGGGAAAUUUUUCGCAAGUAGAAGAUAA